AGCGUAACAUGUGUGAGUUGUGAGUGAGUACAUUGAACGAUGGCUGGCCACAUAUCACAACAGCUCGAGGAUUUAUUAAAUCCUUUGCCCAAGUUCACAGAUCCAGAGGACGAUCACGAUGAAGAGACGAAAGCCAAGGUGGUAGAAGCGUUUGAUGAGGGUGAUGAUGACGAUGAAGAAGCUGUGGUUACCUUGAGUGGGCUCCGGAAGAAAGCUAUCACUCUGCUGGAAGAGACAGACAAACGGUACCUGGGCAAGGCAAUAUCUCGUAAAAACCUGCUGAAGGAGAUGGAAGGGUCUGGAGAGGAUGAUGACGAUGAUGAUGAUGAUGAUGAUGAAAACGAAGAGGAGGAGGAGGAAGAUAAUGACGAUGCUGAUCUGGAGGAUGGAGAGGCUGAAGAUGGAGAUGAUGACGAUGAUGAAGAGAUUGAGAAUGACAUCGCUAAAAUGAAAAGCUUGGUGUCUAAGCUGAAGGAGACUGACAUCACACUUCCCUCAGUGACAGACUUCCAUAAGCUAACAGAGGGAAUGGAUGAUCUUGGAGAGAGCGAAGAUGAUGAUGAUGAUGAUGAUGAAGAAAGUGGUGAUGAGGAUGGAGAGAGUGAAGAGGAGGAGAUUGAAGCUGACGAUGUGGGAGCUGUGAUGACAUUCUCUAAAGAGAAAGUGGAUGAAGAGGUGGAGAAAGGGAAAGCUGUGAAAGAUCAACUUGCUCUUUGGGACCAGCUACUUGAGGGGCGAAUUAAAAUGCAGAAAGUUCUUCUGACAGCCAAUAAGCUGCCACAACCACAUACCUUCCCAGAGUUCAAGAAGAGGGGCGGAGCAGAGUUUGCUGGAGCGUUGAAGAAUAGUCACAAAGCCCUGAAGGCUCUCCAGAGGUCUCUACUGGAGCUACAGGACCAGCUGCUCCAUCAGAACCCAGACACCAGGCCCAUCUCCCUGGGCAACACCUGGGGAGCGCACAGUGAGGAGGAGAUUCACAGUGAUGAUGAAGAGGAAUUGAAGGAAGCAGUGGAACCGACAGGUCAUCCCAAACGGAAGCUGGAGAUGGCAGAGUACCCAGACUUCAUGGCCAAGCGCUUCGCUGACUUCCAGCCAUACCGCGAUGCCACGCUGCAAAAAUGGCACGACAAGACRCAGCUGACCAUGGGAAAGAGCAGCAAGGGUUUUGGGGCAUUUGACAGAAACAUCCUGAUCCAGGUGGAACAGGUGCUAAUGGACAAGGACAGGCUGUUGAGACGCACCCAGACCAGACGCUCUGAGUAUAGAGUCCUGGGCAAGCUAGAGGCCACUGCCCCUGUACCUGAGACCACCACUGCAGAGGGAGAGGGGACAGAGCAGGUGCUGAAAGCCAAUACGCAUCUGAAAGACCUGGACGAGGAGAUCUUUGAUGAUGAUGAUUUCUAUCACCAGCUUCUGCGAGAGCUUAUUGAACGUAAGACAAGUGCUGCAGACCCCAACGACCAGGUGGCUAUGGGCAGACAAUGGCUGGCCAUUCAGAAGCUCCGCAGUAAGAUCAAGAAGAAAGUGGACACCAAGGCCAGCAAGGGCCGCAAAGUCAGGUUCCACGUCCACAGUAAGCUGUUGAACUUCAUGGCCCCCAUCGACCACACCUCCAUGAAUGAUGGCGCACGGACUGAGUUGUAUCGCUCACUAUUCGGGAAGAACUCGUUUGCUGAAAGUGCGGUGCGGGAGUGACAUGCACUGAGCGAGCAGGAGAGUGGACAGCACAGAAGGCAGACAGAACCCAGGAGAUAAACACAAUAUACCUCUUCCUCUGGUCCAGUCCUGCUCCUCUAAAAGCUUAUGGACAGUAUCAGUCUCGAGGUUAGUUCAGACUGGACCUGACUGGUUUGGACUCUGCUUCAAAGGCUUGAAGAGACUGCUUUCUCUACACAUUUUGAUACUAUCAGGAAAAACUACAUUUUUGCCAACUUGUUUCUAUUAUCCCCUUUUAAAUGUCUCUUUCUGUGAAUAAAUACCAAGGUGAUUUAUGCCUGCUGACUUAUUGGAGGAGAAAUUAACAAAUGCAGAUUUUGUUGGUGAUUAAAUGUUUUAUUGUA